AUGGUCGUCAAGGAGUCCGUCCACGUACCCGCCGACUGGGUCCGACGAUCCGACGCUGCCGACGACGAGCCUGUGGCUCUCCGAUUCGCGCUCAAGCAGCGUGACGUCGCUGCGCUCGAAAAGAGGCUCCGUCAGACAUCCGACCCAGAACACGAGCUGUAUGGUCGCCACCUUUCCGCCGAACAGGUCGCCGAAUUCCUCCAGCCCGAGAAGCGUACCGUCGACGAAGUCGAGCUGUGGCUCCGCGAGGCGGGCAUCAACAUCGACGAGGGUCUUGCUGCUCGUUCGCUCUCCAAGGAUACCUUCACCGUCCACGUCCCCGCAUGGAAGGCGAGGGAGCUCUUGAAUGCCGACCUGGGCGUGUACGAGCACAAGCGCAGCGGCGCGCUCGCCGUGCGUUCGCCCGAAUACAGCGUACCCGAACACGUCGCGAGGCACCUCGACUACGUUGGUCCUCUGACCCUCUUCACCGAGCCUCGUGGCUACAGCAGCGACAUUGCCGGCAGCAAGAUCCUGAUCGAGAAGCUCGACGACGACGAGGCCACCGAUGCCAACGCCAAGUCCGCUGACGGUCAACCCGCCGUCUGCAAUACGGCCAAGGUCACCUCGCUCUGCCUACGAACCUUCUACAAGACGGUCGACUAUGUGCCCAAAGCAGCCAAGAAGUUCCACCUUGGUAUCUCUGGUUUCUUGGCCGAAUAUGCCAACUACGCCGACUUCUCGGGCUUCCUCUCGCAGCAGCGACCCGAUGCAGCCAAAGCCGGAUACAACUUCACCGUGCAGAGCAUCGCCGGUGGUCUCAACGUCCAGAGCGACCCUGGAAGUGAAGCCAACCUGGACGUGCAGACUGUCGGCGGAUUCAGCUUCCCAAUCCCUUUCACCUACUACACUACUGCCGGAUCGCCUCCGUAUAUUGCGGACAAGAACACGGUCAACAACACUAACGAGCCGUACGAGCUUCAAAUGAACUACCUCCUCUCGCUGUCGGACGACAAGCUGCCCAAGGUGCUGUCGACUUCGUACGGUGACGAUGAGCAGACGGUGCCCAAGGCGUACGCGUUGAGGGUGUGCAAUUACAUCAUGGCGUUGGGAGCGCGCGGUGUGACAACGGUCUACUCUUCCGGUGAUUCGGGUGUAGGACCGGACGGAGAUUGCUACUCUAACGGUGCCUACUCGCCCAAGGGCAAGGCGACAUUCUUGCCAGCAUUCCCUGCGUCGUGCCCCUUUGCGACCACGGUGGGAGCCACGCAGAACUUUGCGCCCGAAAUCGCAGUGGACGGUGAUCUUCCCGGAUUUUACUCUGGCGGUGGAUUCAGCAACCUCUUCCCCACUGCUUACUACCAGGUCGGCGCUGUGUUGCCUUACAUUGCGUCGCUUGGUAGCAAGUAUUCCGGUCUGUACAACCCUGCCGGCCGUGGCUACCCUGAUGUUGCUGCGCAGGGUUCGCGCUACGUUAUUCGUAUUGGCGGAGCCAACUACCUCAUCUACGGUACCUCGGCUUCUGCCCCCACGUUCUCUUCGGUGAUUGGUCUGCUCAACGACGACAGGAUUAGCAAGGGUCAGCCGUCGCUGGGCUUCAUCAACCCACUGAUCUACAGCAGCUGGAUCAACACUCCUGCACUCAACGACAUUACCGAGGGUAGCAGCGUUGGUUGCAACACGACUGGGUUCCCCGCCGCGAAGGGCUGGGACGCGGUGACCGGUGCUGGUACUCCCAACUUUUUGGAGUUGCAAAAGCGACUGCCCUAG